AUGAAGUCUUUCUCCUCCGCUGUUGAUGGACUCGUCGGCGCCCUCGCCUUGGGCACUCUGAUCGUUGGUGCUGUCCCCUUCCUUGCCGAGCGAGACAAGAUUUUCAGUGCUAACGGUCCCGCUGUAAAGCAAUCCGAACUCGGUCCUAUUCACAUCCUCUUCCAGAACGAUCUCAGCAACAACGCCUCCACCGGUGCUCUUCUUCUACCCAACUCCGUUAACUCCGACAGCGCUGCACAAGUCUGCCAGAAGAUCGGUGAGAAGCUCUUUCCCUUCGACCGCUCUCUUCAGGGUGGCGUUGGAUCUGACCUGAUCGACCAGUUCAACUACCUUCGCUACGCUGGCACCAUCGGCUGGGGGGACACUUUCUGGCUCCAUGACAGCUCCAAUAACGUCGUUGCGUACAAGGCUAGUCGAAACGACAUUCGUCCCUACGGUCGGGGCGAGAAGCUCGGAGUCCUUUGCACCCACUCUGCACCACCUGCCACCGUCCCUCGUGCCGACCCUUACGCCAAUGUCGAGGAGAGCACUUCUGGCGUUGACAAGCUCAUCACUGUUCAGGCUGGCGACUACACGCUCACUGGCUACCGUGACCGACGAUCCUUCCGCUUCCUUGGUGUUCCCUUCGGCGACGCUCCUGUUGGCAAUAAGCGUUUCAUCUAUGCCACGCCGUACACUGGCAACAAGAUGCUCGAUGCUACCAGCUACCGCAAUGCUUGUGUUCAGUCUACCACUCCGCUCGGUCCCAUGCCUGUCGGUGAGGAUUGCCUCAAUCUUAACAUCUACACUCCUUCGCUUGGUUCGUACAGCAAGAAGGCGCUCAAGCCCGUCCUCGUAGCCAUCUACGGCGGUGCUUUCACUUCUGGUCGCAACUCGCUCCACUCUUAUGACGGCGGCAACCUUGCUUCGCGUUCCGACAUUGUCGUUGUCACCAUCAAUUACCGUCUUGGCGCUCUUGGCUGGCUCGCUUCCGGCAAGGAACUUGAGGGUAACGCCGGUUUGAGUGAUCAGAUUCUUGCACUCAAAUGGGUCAAGAAGCAUAUUGCUGCGUUUGGUGGUGACCCCGAUCGCAUCACGAUCGGUGGUGAAUCUGCUGGUGCACAGAGUGUUUCGGCACUCAUUGCCAGUUCUGCAGCCAAGGGAUUGUUCCGUGCCGGUUUCAUGUUGUCCAACCCCUGGGUCCCUUGGAUCAACCGCUCUGUUCAGACCAAGUACAUUGCUCCCUCCGUCGCUACCAGUCUGGGCUGCCCUACCAGUGGACACGCUAUGGUCGAAUGUCUGCAGAAGGUGGAGGAUCCCAAGCUCUUUGUUCAGGGCGCUGCCUUCACCAACGCGACCAACAACAUCACCGUUACGCUCGCUAAAGUUUCUGGCUCAUCGCUCUUCUCUGCCUCCAUCGAGCCAUUCCUUCCCACACCCGAUGGUCUGAUCGAUGACCAAUUCUUCUACCUCGCCGGCAACGGCACCAUUCCCAACAACGUGCCCAUCCUCCUCGGCACCACCUCAGGCGAAGGCACCCUUUUUGUCUACCCACUUCUCAACCAGACCCUACCCAACGCGCAACCAGCACUCGACAAAGCCUUCUCUUCCCUUUACAAACCCGACUUCAUCUCCAAAGUCGAACAAUCCGGAUUAUUUAACCUCGAUCCAGCCAACAACGAUUCAGUCCGAGAAACUGUCUCCAACGCUUUCACUUACAACUUCUUCACCUGCUCUACGCAACGCAUCGUUGAUAUGGCACAGAAGACUAAACAGUUCCCCAAAAUCUAUCUUUACGAGACCCAAUCUGGAUACCCUGACUCUGUCGGUAUGCCGCCCAAGUGCACUCCGGAGGGAAGAGGGGUGGAGGUGUGCCACGGUGAUGAUAUUAAGUCGGUCUUUGGUAGUUUGAACUAUGAAGGUAUUGAAGUCAGCAGGCAGUAUUUGGACUUUGUGGCGUACAAUGCGGAUGCGUUUAGUGCUUUUGUCAGGUCCGAGACUCCUAACCCGGAUGAGGCGUAUCUGAAGGCUAGGGGAAGGAGCUAUACCUAUACGAACAAGGUGCAAAACUACCACCCAUGGCAGGCUUUCACUCAGGCAAAGGAGCAGAAGACGCAGUAUCUGUCCGCUCCCGAGGGUAUCACUUAUGGUGGCGUGCCGCAUAGGGAGGUAUGCGAUUUCUUCUACGAUAACGGCAAGUUGACGUAUCAGUUGCUCGACAACUCGUUCUAA